AAAAUUAAAAUGUACAUUUACUUUGUUGAGAUAUAACUUGCAUGCAACAAUGCUAACAUUUCACAUAGCUGUAGUAUUUAUCAACAAGUAACCUAGAAUUACGUUCUGAAACUGAAUUUCAUCUAUCAAAAAUAUAUAAUGGAAAUAAUAAAUUACAAAUUUAAUGUGUUACUAAGUAUGAUGUAUCAGAGCACAUCGCGUUUUAUUUAAAUGUAAUUGUCUUUUGAGGUUAGAAAAAGGCAAAGAACUCUACAUAUUAAAGUGAGAAAUUUUGUGAUUUUUUUGUAAAAUUUGUGAAAUUGAAAUUAAUUUAAGUGACAUUUAGAAAAUGUUUUCACACAUUCGUCGAACAUUAUGCUUAUUCUCUUCAGUGACUAGAAGUACAUUUGUAUCUAAUGUAAAGAAUAUGAAGCAAGACACAUCUGAAAUAUGUUGGAAUUAUUUCAUAAGUAAUUAUGGAAAUACAUUAGUUCAAUCCAAUACUAUAUCAAAAGAAGUAUGGGAAAAUGUAAGAAAACAUAUGAUGAAAUUAGAAAAUGAUCCGUUAUCUGCUGAUUUUGUUAUUCUAAAUAUGUUUCAACAAAGGAAUUAUCCAGAUGCUGGAAUGUCUUAUUACAGAUUUUUAAAGAAUAAUAAUUAUAAUAUUACAGUGCCUUUAAUUACUAAAUAUUUGCAGUGUUUAACUCAAAAAAGUAAUCUUUCAGAAACGGAUAAAGAACAUAUCUUAAGUUUAUAUAAUGAUAUUGCAAGUAAAUAUACUUUAUUUAAUGUAGGACUCAGUAAUGUUUUUAUUUCAUGCUUAUGUAAAAUAGAUAAUUGGGAAGAAGCUGCUAAUAUUAUAAAAAAGCAUGAAGAAAUUGAUAAAAGUUUUCUUUGCUGCGGAUAUAGUUCAUUAAUUUCAUACUUUUUUGAGCAUGGAAAAGAAGAAUUAGGAUAUGAAUAUCUGGAUCGUAGCUUAAAAUAUAAGCAAAAUCUUUUAGAUAUUGCAUACAGUUCAUAUUUGAAAUAUUGUUUAAAAGAAAAAAAUACAUUCAAUAAUAAAGUUGAGAAGUUAUUUUCAUUAUGGAAUGAAUAUGCUAUUAAACCUACUGAAAAUAUUGUACAGGAAUAUAUGAAUGCAUGUAUUGAACAAGGUUGGUCUGUCAAUGCAACAAAGAUAUUCAGCUUAAUAUGCCAGAAUUGUAAACAGAAGUUAUCACAGCUAAGUUUAUCUGAUGAUGAAUAUGAAUAUUUGCUUAAAGCUACAAAGGAACAAUUAAUUUUCACUAACAUGUAUUAUGUAACAGUACCAAAGGAAAUACAAUCAUACAUGAAAUUUAUUGAUAAAAAUAAACCGUAUGACAUUAUUUUAGAUGGUCUAAAUUUUAUGUAUUUUGCUAAAUAUAAUAAUCACUUAGAAACUAAAUUUAUAAACAUGUUCAAAUCUCUUAAAAGUCAAAAUAAAAAGAUACUGAUCAUUGGAAGAAAACACAUAAAGAAAUAUAUAAAACGAACAGGUCUGGAUGUUGCAGAUUAUUACUAUGUUGAAAAUAGUUCGAAAGAUGAUUUAUUCAUGUUAUAUGCGGCAUUUGCUAGCGGAGAAAAUGCUAAAAUUAUUACUAAAGACUUAAUGCGUCAACAUAUAUUUGCUUUGAGAGACACCAAGUUGAGUGGACUCUUCAAGAAAUGGCAAUUAUCGCACCAACUAGUUCUUGAUAAACAAGGCUAUUCGCAAUUAAGCGAACGUGAAAUUUUCGACGCAAUUGUUCAAAAGCAAAAUAAUUACUGGCAUGUACCAUAUCUUAAACGUAAUAUAGCAUCUCAAAUGAGGCAUACAAGUAUUGAUGAUUGGAUGUGUUUUAAAAUGAAUGAAUAAAAUGAUAUAUUUUUGUAAG